AUGUCGAACUUUGGUCUCAUUCGCGAAGACACCUCUCGCGCCGUCUUGCGCGCCAUUCCCAUCCCCAAGCUCCGCGACGAUUAUAUCCUAGUCAAACCCGUCAUCGUCGCUCUCAAUCCCACCGACUGGACAAGUCUGGACGCCGUGGGGAAAGACGGCGUGCUGAACGGGGUCGAUUAUGCGGGCAUCGUGGAAGAGGUGGGCAGCAAGGUGACAAGGUUUCGGAAGGGCGAUCGUGUAGCUGGCUGUUCGCACGGCUCAAACGAAGCAGAUCCCGAGACGGGGUCUUUUGCGCAAUGGAUCAUUGCCAAAGGCGAUAUCCAGAUGCACAUUCCGGAGAAUAUGACGUUUGAGCAAGCCGCUGCAUCGUGUGGGAGCGGGAGUAUAUCGGCCGGGCUGGCGCUGUACAAAUACCUCGACUUGCCAUUGCCCGAGGCGGAAAGGGAUCCCGACAAGACCAUUCUCGUUUACGGUGGUAGCACGGCCACCGGGUCGGUCAUGAUACAAUUUGCAAAGCUGUCCGGGUGGACGGUGGUGGCCACUUGUUCUCCGAAACAUUUCGACAUGUUGCGAGAACGAGGUGUUGAUGCCGUUUACGACUACAGAGACCCUACUGUCGGCGAGAAGAUUCGCAAAGACACAGGCGGGAAGAUUAACGUCGUCGUGGACGCAGUCGCCAUCGAUUCGAGCGCGGCGAUCUGCGCGCAAGCCAUCGGUCCCGGUGGUGGGGUAUACCUCAGUCUGCUGGGUACCGAAUGUUCCCGACCGGACGUGAAGUCGAUUUUCUUCCUGGCGUAUGGAUGCUCUGGCGAAGCGUAUAUUUGCGAAGGCGAACACUUUCCUGCGGAUCCUUCCAUGUUCGAUUUCAUGGUUUCGUUCGCGCCAAUCAGUGAGCGGCUCCUGAAAGAGGGCAAGUGGAAGACACAUCCCACGCGCCUGAGACCAGGCGGGCUGAUCGGUGUCCUGGAUGGGAUGCAAGAGAUGCGCGAGGGCAGAGGGCCAAGCGGUGAGAAGUGGAUCUACCGCGUCGACGAUACGGUCUGGCCGAGCUGA